GGACCCAAAAUUAGAUUCCUUGAAGGUUUUUUUCAUGACAUCCUACUGAAUCAAAAAGCUUAAUCUCAAGGGUUUGGCAUCCUACUGAACCAUGACAAUGAAGGUUUUUUCAUCAGCCUGUGAAGCAAAAGAAUCGAACCCGAGCUGGGUUCCGUGGAACCCAAUUGCUGGGUUCCUCAAACCCAGCAGAUCUGGGUUCCACGGAACCCAAUUGGCUGGGUUCCAUCGAACCCAGUUUGCUGGGUUCCGUCGAACCCAGUUUGCUGGGUUUGGUGGAAGAAGAGAAGAAGAGAAAGAAAGAAAGAAAAAGAAAAAAGAAAGGAAGAAGAUGGAUCGAAAGAGGGGAAGAAGAUGUAUCAAGAAAGGAGACAGGGGUAUUAAGAAUGAGGAGAGCUUGGUGGAGGCUGGUGUCAGCCCUCUUUUGGGUACUCUUGGAGGUCAAGAUAGAGGAUCUAUCAAGGAGAAGAUCAAGGAUUUCAAUUACCUCAAAUUAGGUUUUGUUUUUCCUUAGACAUUCUUAUGUUCAUAACUUUGAUUUCAUAUUUUAUUCUUUUUAUUAUGAACUAAUUUAUUUUAUUAAGGUUAUGAUGUAACCUAAUCAAUUCAAUAAAGAUUUUGUGAUUUU